AUGGGCUCCCUUCAGAACACCAUCCCACCGUUUCGCCUCCUCGUUGCCGGCGGCUCGUACGCUGGUCUCUCUUUCGUCGUGAACCUCUUGGAUAUCUGCAAUGGCCGUUCUCCGCGCAUGGCCCAUGACCCGUACUCUCAUCACCCAGACUUCACUCGCAUCCCCGUCGACAUAACCAUUGUCGACGAGAGGGACGGCUACUUCCACCUCAUCGGCUCUCCUCUCGCACUUGCCUCCUCCGACUAUGCUGCCAAGACCUGGAUCAAGUUCCAAGACAUCCCUGCUCUGCAGAGGCCGAACAUUCGCUUCGUCCAAGGCAGCCUUGAUGAGAUCAACACCGCCACCAAGUCAGCCACCGUACUCUCUCACAUCACCAAGAUCCCGCACGACAUUUCCUAUGACUUUAUGGUCAGUGCCACAGGCCUGCGCCGCCCCUGGCCCGUCGUUCCUCAGUCCCUGCUGCGGAAGCAGUUCCUCCUGGAGGCCGAGGAACAGAUUCACGCCGUCCACAACGCUCCCGAUGGCGUCGUCAUUGUGGGUGGUGGCGCCGUCGGCAUCGAAAUGGCGGCCGAGCUCAAGCUCAUCAAGCCCGAUGCCGACGUGACGCUCGUGCACUCCCGCGAGAAGCUUCUAUCCUCAGAGAACCUGUCGGACGAGUGUAAGGACGUGGCCCUCGAUCUCACGCGCGAAGCCGGCGUCGAGGUUCUCCUCAACCACCGCGUCGCUGAGACGCGCAAGCUCGAUGUCCCCGAGGGCAGCCGUGCGCGCUACGAGGUUGAGUUCACGGGCGGCGAGAAGCGCUUCGCCAGCGAGGUCAUCAUGGCCGUGUCGCGCCCCGUGCCCUCGACGGGUUACCUGCCCGCCGAGACGCUCGACGAGGAGGGCUACGCCAAGGUCGACUCGAGCCUGUUCCUCGAGGGCGUCAGCAACUCCGACUUCCAUCUCGUCGCCGGUGAUGCGUGCAAGUGGGAGGGCAUCAAGCGCGCGGGCGGCGCCAUGCACAUGGGACACAUGGCAGCGAUCAACGCGCACCAGCGCAUGAUUGCGAUCCUCGCCAAGGAGAAGGGUCAGGAACACAAGCCCGAGUUUAAGGUGCUCGAGGCGUUCCCGCCUGCCAUCGGUCUCGCCGUCGGCAAGAAGGCUGUCGCGUACGGCCCUGACAUGGGCACGAUCCAUGGCGAGGAGGUGAUGGAGGCGUACUUCCGGGACGACCUGGGCUUCACGAUCUGCUACAACUGGAUGGGCCUUGGAAAGAGCCCUGCGGAGGAGGAGGAGGCCGCGGUCGUUGCCGCCGAGACGGCUGCGAAGACGGCCGUUGACAUUACCGAGGAGGCUACCAAGGUGGAGGAGAUUGCGGCUUGA